ACAUUCUGUAUUUUUUCAUUUUAAAAAAUGUUUUUUCCUUAAUUUUCCCCACCGUAUUUUUGAAUAAUCUUGCGGGUUUAUGACUAAUAAUAAUAAUAAUCCUUUUUAAUUUGUUAAUUUUUACCCAUUCGUGAUGUAAAUAAACACACAUUGGGCUUUAUUUUCCCAGCCAUGAACUCGUAAAAAUAAGCGCAUCUUCAUUUUCAUGGUGGAGAAAGUCUGAGACACAUGAUUGGGGGUACAAGGCGCUCUCCAAGUCCCCACUCCAGCGCAGCCAACUUUAAAUCAUCCGCAAGUAGAGAUCCUGCAGUUUCUUUUAAAUGUACUUGGCAUGCACCGAGAUCCCGCAUCUGCUGUGCAUGCCAUGUAGACCGUCCUCCUCUCUUUGCGCUGAAUUUAAAUUGAAUGAUGGGAGCUUCUUCCAUUGGAUGGCAAACAAGUUGGCUGCGUUCCCUCCCACAGCGGUGCAACAUCUCCUUUCUACCUGCGUAAGUAGGAAAACUCUACCUCGCCGCACAGUUAGAUUGCAUUUUGCAUUUGCACGGAAGUACUUGCAAAAUUGUAUUCUCCCUAAAGAAGCUUUUUUGCUGUAAUGUAUCGGUGCUUGCCACAUGACCACUGUCUUCCAUCUAUUAUUAGAGUCGAUUAUGUGUUUUGUUAAGAGGGUGUAAAAGCCAUAUAUCCCCUUGCAAUUUCUGUCCAGUGAUAUUGUAAUUGCCCCUUUCAUUGCUAAUGCUCCUCCUUCAACAUAAGAUGCCAUGCAUGCAAGUCACCACCCUGUUUCAACACAUACACGCCCAAGCACAACUUUAUGGCUUGACAGUGAUUUCCCUGCACAUGUGUGAAGGAGCGUCUUCAGUUACUCGCCCUGCGUCUGCACACACACACACACACACACACGCGCACACACACACACACACACACACACACACACACACAUAUUAGUUUGAAAAGUUAUUUUGGGUCCAGUUAGGACUACUGUCACCCUGUGCACACUGCGGGGGGAAAUAAGAGGAGGAGUCAAGAUUUAAGCCAGCAGUUCCAUCUCUGUAAUACGUUCUCUCAAAACAACAGCUUUCCUCUCGCUUUGCCUGCUGCUGCAUUGGGUGAAAAUUUCAAAACAAAGAUGGACAACAGUCCUCUGCGGGUGCUGACUGUCCCUACAUUCCCUUACGCUGACCAGAGACCAGGUACCAACGGUCUGAGAAGAAAGGUCCAUGUCUUCCAGUCCAGGAGGAACUAUCUGCACAACUUCAUCCAGAGUAUCUUCUCCUCCAUUGACCUCCGUGACCGUCAGGGUUCCACAGUGGUGGUGGGGGGAGAUGGACGCUUCUUUAACCAAACAGCUAUUGAGGUCAUUGUGCAGAUGGCAGCUGCCAAUGGGGUGGGCCGUCUCAUUGUUGGUCACCAUGGAUUAAUGUCCACGCCGGCUUGCUCCUGCGUGAUCAGGAAAUUCAAAGCCAUUGGUGGCAUCAUCCUCACUGCCAGUCACAAUCCUGCAGGGCCGGACGGAGAUUUGGGCAUCAAGUUCAACACUGCAAAUGGAGGUCCAGCCAAUGACACCGUCACAAACAAGAUCUAUCAAAUCAGCAGAACUAUUGAGGAGUUUGCCAUCUGCCCCGGGCUCAGACUGGAUCUCACAACUCUGGGCAAACAGACAUUUGAUCUGGAGAACAAGUUCAAACCCUUUAUAGUUGAAAUUGUGGAUGCUGUGGAGUCCUAUGCUAACUUGAUGAGGAACAUCUUUGAUUUUGCUGCCCUGAAGGAGCUCCUAUCUGGUGAGAACCACAUCACGAUAAGACUGGAUGCCAUGCAUGGAGUGGUAGGUCCGUAUGUGAAGAGAAUUCUGUGUGAAGAGUUGGGCUGUCCUGCCAAUUCUGCCGUGAACUGUGUCCCAAUGGAGGACUUUGGAGGUCAAUGUCCCGAUCCUAACCUCAUCCACGCGGCAGACCUGGUUGACAGCAUGAGGGAUGGAGAACCUGACUUUGGUGCAGCUUUCGAUGGUGAUGGGGAUCGAAACAUGAUCCUCGGGAAGCACGGCCUCUUUGUUAGCCCGUCUGACUCUGUGGCCGUCAUUGCUGACAACAUCUUUUGUAUCCCAUACUUUCAGCACAGAGGCGUGAGGGGCUUUGCCCGCAGCAUGCCCACAAGUGCAGCCUUAGACAGAGUAGCCAAGGCAACAAAAAUAGAGCUAUAUGAAACUCCCACUGGGUGGAAGUUCUUUGGAAACCUCAUGGAUGCAGGUCGACUGUCUUUGUGUGGAGAAGAAAGCUUUGGAACAAGUGGAGACCAUAUUCGCGAAAAGGAUGGGCUUUGGGCUGCGCUGGCGUGGCUGUCCAUCCUUGCCACACGAAGACAAAGUGUGGAAGACAUACUUAAAUACCAUUGGCUAAAAUAUGGAAGAAACUACUACACCAGAUAUGAUUAUGAGAACAUAGAUAUUGAUGCAGCCUGCGAAAUGAUGGAGGAUCUCGAGAUCAUGAUUGCAGACAAAUCAUUUGUGAAGCGGCGAUUUGCAGUGGAAGACAAAAUCUACCAAGUGGAAAAGGCAGACAAUUUUGAAUACACAGACCCAGUUGACAGCAGUAUCACACGAAACCAGGGUCUAAGGAUCAACUUCUCUGAUGGCUCUCGGAUCAUAUACAGACUCAGUGGUACAAGUAGUGGUGGGGCCACAGUUCGAAUCUACCUGGAAAGCUAUGAGAAGGAACAUGUCUUUCAAGAAACACAGGUAGUGCUGUCACCGUUGGCUACAAUUGCUAUCAAGAUUUCCCAGCUUCAUCACAGGACUGGUCGAACUGGUCCAUCAGUCAUCACAUAACCAAACCCGCCAGUUGCUUUUAUUUUAAAUAUGAACUUUCUAUUUCAAGUUUUUAUUCUAAAGUGGCAACAAAACAAGUCUUUGAAUUUGAGGCAACAGUAUAAUGCAUGUGACUGUGCCACAUUAAACGGCUCUUUAUUUUUGGUUUGACUGA